AUGUCCCUCUGUACCUCUCUAGAGACUAUUACAGAAGCUCUUGUAGCCAGAGGAAUAUCAUUCAGUGAAUUUAAUUCCCAUUUCUCUUUCUUCAGGAUGAGGCACAUUAGAUUACAUUAUACUGGGGCUGCAUUCUUCUUCUUGCUGUUCUCUGCAACAGGUGCUGAGCCCUACAGUCUUUUAAAAAUUCUGGAGGGCCUCCAGGCAGAGCCACAGAACUACCCUUCACCCCUGUACUCAUUCUCCCUCUGCAUGGAGAUCAACAACCGCGUCUUCAGCGACGCUCUCCUCAGCUCUACCUCACAGCAGUACAAGUGCAUGUAUGCUGAGGUUGCUGGAGUUCUGGACAUCGCCUUUAACUGCUCUGACUGUGACACAAGAGAGACCUAUAGAGGAGUGACAAACAUACAGUUCAGUAACGGGUCUGUGGUCGCAAAUUGUACCCUCCAGUUCCAGACCAUUUUUAUCAACCAUGUUGUGAUCAAGCAUUUGUUCCUGAGGGCCAUAGAUAAUAACACUCAAGUGAACGGUCUUGCAGUCAACAGACAGUACACAGCUGAAACAGUCACACCUGCCUGGCUUUUUCCAAAGUCAACAACUUUUGCAGAAUCUAGUGCUGAGGGUCUUCCUGGUUGGGCCAUUGCAUUGGUAGUGCUGGCAUGCAUCAUCAUACUGCUUCUCUUCAUCAUCUUACUACUGAUAUGCUUUUGGUGCUGUAGGAGAAAAGAAAAAAAGGAAGAAACCCAAACCGUUGCUCCGUAUGAGAGAACGUCUUUCAAAGAACAUCUUGCCAAUCCCACAUAUAUGUCACACACACCUGAGAGGAGCCCCAACUACCGGAGCUUGAAACAGUCACACCUGCCUGGCUUUUUCCAAAGUCAACAACUUUUGCAGAAUCUAGUGCUGAGGGUCUUCCUGGUUGGGCCAUUGCAUUGGUAG